AUGAAUAUGUCGUCUGAGAUUCCUUCGUCCCAGCCACCUGUGAGCUUGCAAUUCGGUAACAGCGAAACGACUGGAGGCAGCCAAUCCUUCACGGGCUAUGUCACUGGACCAGUUCAAUUUCACUCGGGCCACGAUCGCUUGGACGCCCUCCCUCGUGCUGAGGGUGCUGGCUUCAAUUCGGGCGAGCUUGAGCAUGAGCGCUUAUGCUUACCCGGCACUCGGACCAAGAUCCUCAAAUUGAUUGAACGAUGGAGUACCGACCCUCAAGGCGAGCGGAUCUUCUGGCUCAGCGGGAUGGCCGGCACUGGCAAAUCUGCUAUCGCUCGCACAUUGGCUCACAAUUUAUACGCGAAAGAGCAGCUGGGAGCCAGCUUUUUCUUUUCCCGAGGCAGAGGUGACCGUGGAAAUGCCUCGAAGUUCUUCACCUCCAUUGCGUACCAGCUUGCAUUGUGCGAUAUCGAGAACGGGGCACUUGCUCGAUUAAUUCGCAAAGCCGUCGAUCGACAUCCUGAUAUCAUCAAGCGAGCCAAACGCGAUCAGUGGAAACAUCUCAUCCAGGAACCGUUAUCACAGAUGAAAAGCCACUCUGCACACGGUAUUGUUCUGACUAUCGUGAUCGAUGCACUGGAUGAGUGUGAAGAUGACAGAGAUGUUCAGCUGAUUCUCAGGAUUCUCUCUGAAGCGAUUUCUUUUGACAACAUCGAGUUUCGGGUAUUCAUGACAGGUAGGCCAGAUAUAUCUGUGCGUGAUGCGUUCCUGGAAACAGUCUAUAAAGGUAUCAUCCUUCACGACAUCGAGCGGCAUAUUGUUCAACAAGACCUUCGCAGCUUCUUCGAGUACGAAUGCGAUAAGAUAAAACAAAAACGUCCUCUGAUUGGUGAAUUUCCAGGCAAAAAUGAUAUUGAGAAUCUUGUACAGCGGGCUGGAGAGCUUUUCGUUUAUGCUACCACUAUAUGUCUAUUUCUUGGUGAAAGAAAGCCUCCGCCUCCUCGAGAGCGCCUAAAGAUGGUUCUACAAAACAACGCCUCUUCAGCGUCGGCUCUGGAGAACCUCGACCAAGUAUAUAUCCAAAUUCUUCAAGAGGCAGUACCGAAGACCUACUCGACGCAUGACAAAGUGCAAUUUUGUUCGCGCUUUAGAGUCAUCGUUGGCUCUAUCGUGAGCCUGUUCAGCUCACUCUCGGUCAGCUCAUUAGCAGCACUACUAUUUGAAGAGCUAGACGGCAUCGACCUCACGCUGGACAAACUUUGGUCUAUCCUCAAUGUUCCCCAAAAGAGCAAUGCCGCAAUCUCCUUGUUACAUCCUUCUUUUCGAGAUUUCCUGCUCGACCAGAGACGAUGUACCGAUCUCGAUUUCUGGGUCGACAGCGCCGAAAGGCACCUUGCCCUUACUAAAACUUGCUUAAGACUUAUGGCAGCUAGUCCCAAGAGAGACAUCUGCGACUUGAAACUGCCGGGAACCCUUAUCGAAGAGAUAGAUCCUGAGAGGGUCCGAGAACAAAUCCCUACAGAGCUCGAGUAUGCCUGCACCCACUGGGUUCAGCAUCUCGUUCAAGCUCGAAGCAAAAUUCUUGGACCCAAUCUUCCCACUGGAGUCCAGGCUUUUCUUGAGCAGAAUAUCCUUUACUGGUUCGAAGCACUAAGUCUGCUCGGGAAGAUGCACGAAUCGGUCUUGAUGCUUUCGACGCUACUUGCUUUGGCCCAGUCUUAUGGCGAUAAAAGUCUAGUAGAAUUAGUGUACGAUGCCUACCGCUUCAGCCUAGAUCAUCGAUUUAUGAUAGAACAAGCACCUCUUCAAACAUAUCAUUCGGCGUUGAUCUUCAGCCCGUCUACAAGUAUAGUUCGGAAGCUCUUCGAGAGCCAAGCUCCACAUUGGGUCAGAUGUACAUCCAGCGUUCCGGAUAGCUGGGGUGCAUUAUUGCAGACGCUCGAAGGCCAUGCCGAAGAAAUUAAGUCGGUAGCAUUCUCGCCUAACGGGCAGAAACUCGCGUCCGGGUCUCAGGAUGGGACCGUACGUGUAUGGGAUACAGCGUCAGGAGUACAUCUGCAGACAAUCGAUCAUCAAUGCGGUGUUCAAUCGAUAGCGUUCUCACCUCUCGGGCAGAAGCUCGCGUCGGGUUCUCAAGAUGGCCUACGUAUAUGGGACGUAGCGUCUGGAUCGCUGAUUCAGACGUUUGAAGGCUCCGAUAUAAAAUCUUUAGCGUUCUCGCCUGACGGGCAGGUUCUCGCAUCAUCGUGUGAUAAUAUGAUACAUGUACGGGAUGCAGUGUCUGGAAAUGUGUUGCACAAAUUCCAAGCCUCCUAUGUUCUUUCGGUAGCAUUUUCGCCUAAUGAGCAGAAGCUCGCCUGCACGUCCGGGCCUAGCUGGGGUCCAAUACAUGUAUGGGACAUAGCGUCCGGAUCGGAGCUGCAGAGACGUGAAGGCUCUUUCACAUCAGUAAUAUUCUCGCCUGACGGGCAGAAGCUCAUAUCUGGGUCCAUAGGUAAUACGAUACGCAUAUGGGACGCAGGGUCCGGAUUGCCGCUGAAGACGCUGAAAGGUCAUCUCGGUCGGGUUAAAUCGCUAGCGGUCUUCGAACAGAAGCUCGCGUCCGGGUCUGGGGACCGAACGAUACGUAUCUGGGACCUAGUUUCCGGAUCGCUGCUACAAAUUUUCGAAGGCCAUUCUGAUGGGGUCUUGUCGGUAGCAUUCUCGCCUAAUGGGCAGAAGCUCGUGUCUGGAAGUGAGGAUUCUACGGUACGCGUCUGGGACAUGGCAUUCGAAUCGCCGCUACAGACGCCCGAAGACUAUAAGCCGGACAUGUUGACAUCUAUAGCGUUCUCGUCCAAUGGGCAGAAAAUAGUAUCCGUGUCUUCCACCGGCGAAGUACGCGUAUGGGACUCAGGGUCCGGACUACUACUCCACAAGCUCGAAGGCCUGAAAUGGGUUUCAUCGGUAGCGUUUUCGCCCGACGGAAACAAGCUUGCGUGCGUCACCUUCGACUAUAUAAGAUGCCAUACAAUACGGGUAUGGGAUGUAGUAUCCGGAUCGGAGCUGCGGACGAUUGAAAACGUUACCGAUGUGAAGAGCGACAAUGGCGUCCGCUACUACGUCAGCGAAGACACCGGCAGAUACAACGCUAUGUCGGUAGCGUUCUCGCCUGACGGGCAGAAGGUCGCAUGCAAGUACCGAGACCUCCUCUCCAAGAAAGUCAUAGUGUUUUGGGACGUAGCGUCCGGAUCGCGGUUGCAGACGCUAGAAGGCCGUCCUGACUGGGUUCGGUCUUCCGCGCUUUCAACUGACAAGCAGCUGGAGGCACUAAAUGUAACCGAUCGUUGGGUAACAGUGAACGAGAAGAGAAUGAUCUGGCUUCCCCCAGCUCAGCGGGAUUCUGUGUUCGAUGUACGUGGGACCAAAAUAGCUAUGGGCUCUGCUUCAGGCAUUGUGACUAUCUUGAAUCUGGAUUUCAAGCAGAUGGACUUCUUCACCGAUCCCCCUCCUAGCCUUGUAGAUGCAACAGGCACAUCCUCAAACGAUGUCUACGCCACUGCUAUGGCCAGUGAUGACGACGAAAUGGAGUCGUUGCAUGAUGAAGAUGAUGAGGAUGAGGAUGAGGAUGAGGAUGAUGAUGAGGAUGAGGAUGAGGAUGAUGACGAUUAG